UUUCGCCAAUUUACUUUCCGGUGCUGCCAGCUGCUCGUAUUUUUGUCGGAACUCUCCGACUUCCAUAUAUGGCAGUUGGCCAUGUAGCAAUUUGACCCCCGAUAGGCACAAGAACGCAGUUGACAAUAUUUUUGUGUUGAACUUCGCGAGAAAAGAUUAAUUUUUUGGCGAAUUUAGCAUGGAAGCUGUCGCUAAAUUUCAAUUUAAAGCCACGGCAGACGACGAACUAUCUUUCGAGAAAGGAUCCAUCGUAAAAGUAAGUGUUAAAGUGUUUUCUACUCCUGUUCUUUCGCUAAUAUUUUUACACAACACAGCAAUUCAUGUAAGACGUUCUUCUCAAAUUGAUGUUCAAUAUUUAGGUUUUAAAUACGGAAAACGAUGAGAACUGGUAUAAAGCUGAAGUGAACGGCCGAGAUGGAUUCAUUCCUGCGACAUAUAUCGAAAUGAGACCACACGAGUGAGUAUUACUGAACGAAAAUAAAGUCUCUUUAUCAUCAUUUUUAUUUGCCGUAAAACGAAUAUUGUUCUUGCCACACACAUUGCAAAAAACUCCACCUAUAAAUAUGUAGAUAAUUUUUCAUCCUUCUCGCUGGCCUACAUGCGCCGCGAGAAUGCUAUAAUUUGAUGAUUUGAUGCAAAUAUUUAAUAACAUCAAAGAGACAAAGAAUUCACUAACAUGAAGCAAUUGCGAUGUUCAAUCCUCAUCAAUAUAAUAUGCAUGUAUUGCUUAAUGCGCAAACAUUUCGUUUAAAAUGACUUGUUAUAUAUCCCUUGUUGUUUGAAGCCGACUUGUGUAUCCUAGAGGAAAGAUUCUUGGCAUGUUUUCAAAAAGAAUUAAAGGGAAAAUUCUAUUUUUAUAACUCUUAAACGGCUAAAAUAAGUUAUUAACUUUACAUGGUUAUUAACUCGCAGGCCAACCUGCCGAGAUGCUCGGCUGGUGGGACAAGUGUUUGUGUGUGUUUAUACGUGAGUUCACUUCCACCUGCUCAACUAAGUUUUGAAUCGCAACUUUAUACAACAUAUUCUGAUGAUUUUGUUUUUCAUCUUGAGAAUCUUUAUGACUAUUUGUUUGGGAAAAAACCAUCAAAAUAUGAAAUUGAAGAAAAAAUGCUCUACUUUAUCUGAGCUGCAAGCGUCAAAAUUAGGUGAACCCUUGCUGAUCAUUUUGGUAAUCCAGCUAAUGUGAACAGUUGCUUAUUCAUCAAGGUUGUCAGUAAUUGCCAAUGAAAAUUUUUGGUAAAAGUUUUUAUAAUCAGAUUCAGAAAAUGAAAUUGUAAUAAGAAAGUGAUCCAAUAUUUACUAAUGGAUGCUCCAUCUUUAAUGAAUAUACAUUCUUGGAAUAUUAUGAUUCCAAUUUACAAACAGCAAGAAUGAGCAAAUUGCAGCUAAUUUGAUCUCUGUGCUAGGAUGGUGAUACAGAACCAUCCUGACCGUGUAGCUCAGUUGGAAGAGCAUUGGGCUGGUAUUCCAAAAGUCGUUUGAAUCCCACCGUGGCCAGGCAUAUUUUUCAAGCUCGCCCGGUGUGGAUAUACACUCAGAGUAACAUCACAAAUAUCAGAUCAUCAAGUUGCAAUGUGCCCAAAUGUGUUGCACUUUAUUAUUUUACUCUGUCUAACAUCAGACAAAUUAACUUGUCAAGGGAGAGUCUUGUGCGUUAAUGACUUCAGCAUACAUUCUAUUUGUAUAUUUUCAAGUUGGUACCAUGGAAAAAUCUCAAGAAAUGAUGCUGAGGAAUUGUUAAAAAAGCAAACACAUGAUGGAGCAUUUUUAAUUCGAGACUCAGAGCGCAGUCCAGGUGUGUAAUACUGAGUUUUUUGUUUGCACUCAAAGUCAGCAGAAGCAUCUCAAAAGUGGGAGGUGGUCACUGCCAAAAAGUGCUCCUGCCCCCAGUACCCCCAAGCUCUGCAAGCCCUGUCUGUAAUUAACCCAUUGAGUCGCAUUGCACCCUGAUCACCCCACUUUAGUAUUUUACUCUGUCUAACGCCAGAUGAUUUUACUCGUCAAGGGGAGAGCGCUGGCGUUUAAUGGGUUAACUGGCCUAUCUAGUGUCUGCCCAUGCGUCUAGUUAACCCAUUGAGUCGCAUUGCACCCUGAUCACCCCACUUUAGUAUUUUACUCUGUCUAACGGCAGACAAUUUUACUCGUCAAGGGGAGAGCGCUGGGGCUUAAUGGGUUAAUUAAUAUUGAAGGUGUUAAUUGUGGGUUAAAUAUGAUGGCCUAAGUUUAUAUUUCUCUUUCUCGUUUUAUAGGAGAUUUUUCAUUAUCUGUAAGGUAUGCAACUUUUGGAAAAUAAUGAUUGUAUUGAACAUCCCAAAAUUAUAACAUACUUGCUUCUAUGUCAUUUGAAUUGGGUUCAAAAUAGACAAAUAUAUUGUGCUGUAUAUGUAGAUGUAUUAUAACAAUUCAGGAUACAAUUUUAAAAAUUGAAUGCCGUAAAUUGGUAUGUUAGAGUUUGUCAGCAGUUUAAUUUACCACAGUAUUGUUAUAUUUAGAAAUGUUGGAAGUGAAACCAGGAUUCAUAAUUAAUUGUGUAAAUGUUCUCUGGUUAAAAAGAUUUAUUUAAGCAGAGAACGUUUACACAAUUAAUUUAAUAUUGUUAUGGUCAAUGUGAUAUUUACUAUAACCCUUUACAUGGCAUUGCAGCAUAAUGUACCCUACUUUGUUAUUUGAUUGUACUCUGUCUAACCCCUGAUAAUUUUACUCAGGCAAAAAAAAUAUGUGCGUUUCCCAACCCUGCCUAGCUUUUGGACGCUGAAAAUCCAGACCCUAGUGUUUCCACUUAGAGGAAACGUUUGUGGAAAAUGGAAAUUUGAGGCGAUAUUACGGAAAUUUAUCUACUAAACAAGCAUGGCGUCCGGUUGUUAGGAAAAUUAAAAAAAAUUUAAACUGACCUACCCUACCUAAGUUUUUAGAAGAAGAAAUUGGAAACCCACAUAUUUUUUGGCCUCAUCAAAGAGAGAGUGCUAGUGCUCAAAAGUUAUUCCAUCCCUGCAGGUAUAAUAAUGCUGUACAACAUUUUAAAGUUCUCCGAGAUGGAGCGGGCAAGUAUUUCUUGUGGGUGGUUAAGUUUAAUUCGUUGAAUGAACUUGUGGAUUAUCAUCGCACAUCAUCUGUCAGCCGUACGCAACAAAUAUUUUUACGUGAUAUGACUAAGGUAUUAAAAUUAGUUUAACUUUCUAUUAGUCACCAGAGCGAAUUCUUGCCAAUUUGGCAAUAUUCUUAAGAACAUGAAAUUACUACUAAAUACUAAAAUUACUGUUGCAAAUAUAACAUGUUUACAUUAUGUUAUCAAAAUACUUUCCACAACACUCGUAGAACAGUUAAAGUUCUCCUUACAAGACGCCUCUCUAAUACAGGCAUCUCUCUAAUACAGACACCCUUCUAAUACAGCUGUACCUCUCUUAUUCAGACACCUUUGACCCUUCUAAUAUGGGCACAUCUCUAAUUAAAUAUGGACACCUCUCUAAUACAGACACACUCUAAUACACACCCUUGCUAAUACAGACACUUUUUAAUACAGACACACUCUAAUACAGGCACUCUUUAAUACAGACACUCCUUAAUAUAGACCCUCUCUAAUACACACCCUCUCUAAUACACACCCUCUCUAAUACACAGCCUCUCUAAUACACACCCUCUGUAAUAUACACCCUCUCUUAAUACAGGCAGGAAAAGCAAUGGUGAAGGCAUUAUUCGACUUCACACCUCAAGAAGAAGGAGAACUGGAGUUUAAGCGAGGUGACAUUAUCGAGGUUAUUGAAAAAGAUGACGCUAACUGGUGGAAAGGAAAACUUAACAACAAUGAAGGACUUUUUCCUUCAAACUAUGUGGAAGCUCAGAAAUGAUAUACAUAUAUACAUCGCGAACAGAGUAUAAGAUUGUUAAUUUUUAUAUAUGCACCCAACACUGGUUGUACAUGUGUUUAGUACAUUUAGCGACGAACAACUGAAAUUGAAACGUAUGAACGUGAUGAUGACAAUGGCAAAGAACUAAAAUACCCAACCAGCCAAUAAUAAAAUAGAAAAUAAAGUCUUGUACAGUCCUGUUCAAACGAGGCCACUCAGGCCAGCAACGUUGGCCUCGUUUGAACGUAAAGGUCCUUCACACAAUUCCAACAACACCACGGGCAGGUGCGGUACUUGGUUCUUCCAGUCCCGUUUGCACCUUGCCCAUUUAGGGUCUUUAUUUUAUUAGUUUAGGUUUAUUAGUUUAAGUUUAUUGACCCUAAUAAAGAUGAUUGAAAUGAAAUGAUUGUUGCUCCAACAACGUUGGACGAUGAUGAAUGAUUUGGAAGAAAGUCAGAUCCAACAUCUUCCAUCGUUUCCCAACAUAAUGUUGGAACGGCAAUGUUGGAACAACAGUGUUGGUGCGGAUCUUUUUUAUCUCAACGGAUCUUUAAAGGUCAAAAUAUGAGGAAAAAAUCUGUUCAAUGUCCCGAAAAUCGCUACGAAAUUAAUUCGGCGUUCAGUAGAGCAGUUACUAGGAUUAGAUUUGCAUGCUAAAAUUGAAUGUUUAGGGUCACUGCUCACUUUACGAGCCGUGUAACUUUCUUAGAAUAGAACAUUUCUAGGAACAAUGCAGAUUUAAAAUCAUUGAAAUUAACGCGCCUGUCAGAACCGUAGAUUACCACAACUUGUAACUCAUUCUCUGUAAAUGCUACUCAUUGGGUAAACUAAAAUUACUUCUAUUUAAAAAUUAGUAUUAUUAAAAGUUGAAAAUCAGACAAAAUAUAUUUCCCAA